GAUAGAGAAUAGAGUGAGAACUUGAAAUUGACUAAAAUAUACUCCCUCCCUCCCACUCUUUUAGUCCACUUACCUUUUGGCACACCAUCCAAUGCACUUCUUUAAUCCAUUUUAUUUUAUAAUUUGUAUAUUAAAAAAUUAUAAAAAUUAUAUAUUAAUAAUCUAUAUGUUAAGACAAAUCAAACAAGAUCACACAUGACUAUUUUUAGACUUACACAUUGAGAGAAUUUGAUGAGUCAAAGUGCUUAGAUGAACAGUUCCAAAAGUCAAAACUGGACAAAGACAAUGGGACGGAGCUCACCUCAAAACAAAAAACACACGACCACCAUAUACGUAUGUUUAGUCCAAAAUUAUGGCAACCUUAUUAGUCAGCUCUGUUCUUCAUCUUCUCCCACUGUUCACUCUCCUCCUCUCAACUUCCACCGCCCUCCAACCUCUUCCAUCAUCUCCACCACCGGCAGCCUCAUCUUUCUCCGACAAGUUUUACCGAUGCAUCUGCAACAGGUUCAACUCGUCUCUUCUCUCCCCUCAAGCUUUCUUCACCCCGAGAAACGCCUCCUUCGCCGCCGUCCUCAAUUCCACCGCCCAGAAUCUCCGGUGCGUCGAGCCCGGAGUAUCCAAGCCGCAGCUCAUUUUCACUCCCCUCUCCGAGUCCCAACUCCCCGCCGCUGUUCUGUGCGCGAAGCAGCUCGGGCUCCAGCUCAGAGUCCGCAGCGGCGGGCAUGACUACGAGGGCCUGUCGUACAUUUCUCGGAUGGGAGCGCCUUUUGCUAUUGUUGACAUGUCCAAGUUUCGGGGGGUUGACGUGGAUGUGGAGGAUAACACGGCUUGGGUUCAGGCCGGGGCGACUGUCGGAGAACUGUAUUACCGGAUUUCGCAGAAAAGUAAGGUUCUUGGUUUUCCGGCGGGGCUCUGUUCUAGUUUGGGCAUCGGCGGGCACAUCACCGGCGGCGCGUACGGGUCGAUGAUGAGGAAGUACGGCCUCGGGGCGGACAACGUGUUGGAUGCGAAGAUGGUGGACGCCAGCGGAAGGAUUCUUGACAGGGAAGCCAUGGGAGAGGACGUGUUCUGGGCGAUAAGGGGCGGCGGCGGCGGCAGCUUCGGGAUCAUACUGUCUUGGAAGCUGAGGUUGGUUCCGGUUCCGGCAACCGUCACGGUUUUCACGGUGCCGAAGACUCUGGAACAGGGGGCGACGAGAGUGCUCUACAAGUGGCAGAACGUGGCGGGCAAGCUCGACGAGAAUCUCUUCAUCAGAGUGAUCAUCACGGCGGCGAGCGCCGCCGUCCCCGGAAACAGGACUAUCCAGACCGCCUACAACGCCCUGUUUCUCGGAACCUCCGACAGGCUUCUGAAAGUGAUGAAACAGAGCUUCCCGGAGCUGGGGCUGACAAAAACCGACUGCAUCGAAAUGAGCUGGAUCCAAUCCGUCCUGUACAUCGCCGGGUACCCGACCACCACCCCGCCGGAGACUCUCCUGGCCGGAAAACCCCUGUUCAGGAACUACUUCAAGGCCAAAUCCGACUUCGUGAAAGCCCCCAUCCCGGAAACAGGGCUGAAAGGGCUGUGGAAACGCCUCCUGCAAGAAGACGCGCCGACGAUGAUACUCAACCCGUACGGCGGGAGGAUGGCGGAGAUCCCGGAAUCCGAAAUCCCGUUCCCGCACAGGCACGGCGUCGUUUUCAAGAUCCAGUACCUGACCAGCUGGAAAGACGACGACGACGCGGCGGCGGGGAGGCACAUCGACUGGAUCAGGAAGCUUUACGAGUACAUGGAGCCGUUCGUUUCGAGUUUUCCGAGGGAGGCGUACGUGAACUACAGGGAUCUCGAUCUGGGCGCGAACAGGAACGGCGGGAACGACACGCUCAUGGAAGCGAGCGCUUGGGGGAACAAGUAUUUCAAGAACAACUUCAACAGAUUGGUGCAGGUGAAGACGAAGAUCGACCCCAACAACUUUUUCCGGCAUGAACAGAGUAUUCCGACGCUAUUUUCUUCGCCGGCGCAGUGAUCGGCGUAUUUACUGUACGGAGUACGGAGUAGUAUUGAAUAAAGAGACUCGAUUUUCGGCCGGUUGACUUUAUUGGCAUGCAGAUAUUUCCAUGCAUCUUUAAUUCCAUCUUUCAUAUUUUGGUCUUUUCUUUUUUUAUUCUCCAUUACAACUAUUAUGUGUUUUUUUUAUCUUUUUAUAAUUAAUUAAAUAAACUACUCUUACAGAA